AUGGAUGUUCCAUCCUCACAGUUUGUUUCCUCAAGAAGAAUGGGAGUGUAUGAUCCUAUCCACCAAAUUAGCAUGUGGGAAGAAAAUUUCAAAAGUAAUGCUAAUACUUUAACUGUAUCCACCUCCAUAAUGGAAGAGCUGGACAUGAAGUUAGAUAAUCAAGUUCAGGUGCAAUCAGAGGAGGCUUCACAUGGAAUAUUUGGAACAUCUGUGAAGUACGACCUAGAUGAUAAUAGACUAACUGAUAAGAUACAAAGACGUCUUGCACAAAAUCGAGAGGCCGCUCGUAAGAGUCGUUUGAGGAAAAAGGCAUACGUGCAGCAGUUAGAAUCAUGUCGUUUGAAGCUGAUGCAGUUAGAGCAAGAGGUAGAUCAUGCUAAACAACAGGGAUUGUAUAUUGGUGACGGACUGGGUUCUAACAAUUUGGGUUUUGCUGGCUCUGUCAAUUCAGGAAUAACAAUUUUUAAGAUGGAGUAUGGACAUUGGGUGGAGGAGCAAAAUAGACAAAUCUUGGAACUGAGAACUGCUUUAAGUUCUCAUAUAGAUGACACACAACUGGGGACACUUGUACAAAGGAUAAUGAACCACUACUCCAAACUCUUUAGCAUGAAAUCUGCUGCUGCAAAAGCAGAUGUUUUCUACGUAAUGUCUGGUAUGUGGAAGACAACAGCUGAACGAUUUUUCUUGUGGAUUGGAGGAUUUCGCCCCUCUGAACUUCUAAAGGUUCUGAUCCCUCUGAGUGAACCUUUGACAGAGCAACAACGGUUUGAUACCUACGGACUUGAAAAAUCAUGCCAACAAGCAGAAGAUGCCCUUUCACAAGGUAUGGAGAAACUUCAGCAAAUGCUUGCUGACAGUGUUGGGCCAGGACACCUAGUUGAAGGAACUCACCUUCCACAGAUGGAUACUGCAAUGGAGAGGCUGGAAGCUCUGGUGAGCUUUGUGAACCAGGCUGAUCAUCUACGACAAGAAACAUUGCGGCAAAUGUAUCGAAUACUUAGCAUACGUCAGAUUGGUCAGUUCCUGCUUGUUCUUGGGGAAUAUUUUCAACGUUUAAGGGCUUUGAGCAAACUUUGGGCUAAUCGUCCUCAACAACAAGGACUUGCUUAG